ACUGUUGGUUCAUAUUUUCAUAAGAAAUUUUUUGGUGUCAGUAUCACUUUAAAGAGUUGAGUGACAGUCACAGGUUCUUAGCAUCACGCACAGUAUAUAAACAGAGCAGCAGUAACGGCUCUACCCACUUCCUGUUUUGGUCUCACUUUCUGUCCGAUAACAAACUGCUCUCUCUCUGUCUCUCUAUUUCCUUUUUAUUGGAAGUGAAUUAUUUUCUUAUCCCUGUCAAAUCAGUGCAAAAUAACUGAUUUCUUUAGACGUGAAACUGACACCAAGGAUAAUUUGAGAAUGACGUGGGUUGUGCUUCUGCUAUUCAGCCUUGGUAUCCCAGCGGCAUAUAGUCGAAGCCACACCUUGCAGUAUGAUGUGACUCUGGUAUCAGCUCCGACCCCUGGGGUCCCUCAAUUUUCUAUUAUCGUGUAUGUAGAUGGUGUGCCGUAUGGAAGGUACAACAGUGACAUCGGCCGCGCCGAGGCUUUCAUUUCAAUAUCAUCACUGCCAUUUUCAUCACUUUUGACAGUUUCGGAACACAUGCAACAGCAGACCAAACUUGCUCAGGAAUAUGAAAUAGCGCACAGGCAGAGGCUGGACUUUCUAAUGGGGAUUUUCAAUAUGACAAACGAUAAUGGGGAUACCCAUAUCUACCAGACGAAGAAUGCCUGUGAGCUCCAUGAUGAUGGCACCAUUGGUGGAUACCAGGAGAUUGCCAUUGAUGGGAAGGAAAUUUUAGUGUAUGAUAAGGAGAGAGUGGUGUUUAAACCUGUAACACAUGAAGCUGUGAUGAUGUCUCACCUAUGGAAUGAGCGUUAUGAUUCAACUUACACUGAGAUAUUCAUGGAAAUUGACUGCAUUGAGCACAUGAAGAUGUAUCUCCCGUAUAUAUCCACUGACUUGGAAAAGAAAGUUUCCCCAAAUGUGCAGAUUUCCAGCUCAGAGUCAGAGAGUGGCACCAAUCUGCACUGCUCUGGGUAUGGGUUCUACCCCCGAGAUGUGGAAGUGAAGUGGAUAAAGAAUGGGAGAGAUGAGAUUCACUCAGAGGAGGCAGCACAGAUCCUGCCAAACCCUGAUGGCACCUAUCAGAUCAGAGUCAGUGUGGGGGUAACACCAGAGGAGGGCGCCACUUACUCCUGCCAUAUAGAUCACAGCAGCUUGGAGAAUCCACUGGUUGUUCCCUUUGAACCCAACAAGAGAAGCAUUUGGUAUAUCAUCAUCCCUGUCAGUGCGGCUCUGCUCCUCCUCCUCCUGAUUAUCCUGGGAGUAUUUAUAUACAGAAAGAGAAUGACAAAAGAUCCCAAGGGCAGCCAUCAGCGUGUGGGCACAGGAUAAAGGCUGAAAAUCCAACAUACGCUCCCGUCCUUUGGUUUGAGGUGUAAUUGAUAGACAUAUUACUCACUUUCAUCUGCCAUCUUGGAUAAACAUAGCAGCCUGCCAAGCUUAAAAUAUCUAAUUUUUGCAUCAUAAAUUUUAAAGGGAACUUAACCCCCCCAUAAAACUGUCCCUCUGUACCCCCCGAGUUUUCUAAAGAAACAGAUGCAAAAGAACUCACCAACCAGAAUGCUGCUUACCAGAACUUUGUCAUCCAUCUUGCUGUUAUCUUACUUACAACGACAAUGUUGGCUUCUUCCAUUGGGUACACUGCCACUGGGAUAAUAUUGGUUACAGAUGUGUGGCCCCUGUGUGAGAACACGUCUGAGGUGUCUGAUGAUGUGGGAGAAUCUGCCUAUUUGGCAAGUUAGGGGGGGUUGGGGUGGGCCUAGCAAGAGCCCCCUGUGGGGGAUGCAACAGGGGCACCUUGGGGGGGUCCCUGUGGGGGAUGUGAUGGGGCACCCCCAGGCUGACCCUGAUCCCAAUACCUUUUUCAAGAUAAGAAAAAGAAAAUACUAUUAACAGUGACAAGACCAUCUUCCUGGAAAAAGGCCAAAACUUAGAUCUAGAUCAUGGAUGCAAGAUACCAGAUGUGCCAUUACUUUGUAAAACGCGCUGCCAAAUAUUACAGUAUCAGGGUGUCUCUAAAACUGCCAAAUUUUUACCACAGUUGAGGGUACUAGCUUUUAAAGCACAAAAUGUAUUAGGUAGACUUCUACCAUUUAGUAGACUCCCAUUGGUUGAAUCACUUUAAAUGACUAUGUUAGUUAGUCAGCUUGUACGGUUUUGAAAGUUAGUUAGUUGCUGAGCAAUGAGCCCCAUUGCAUUCUGCAUUAUUAGAUGUCCGUUGCUGUGUUAUUGUAUUUUAUUUCUUUGUGGGUUUGCCCACUGGGUGAAGGAACUGCACUCUGGAACUGGAGGGUUCCUGGGUUAGUGUGUAUGUUGUGUGUGUAUUAGUGUGUAUGCUGAAGUGUGAACAGUAUGCCAGAAAAGAGUUACAAUCGUGCUACAAAUAGACCUUUGAUAUUGGUUCUCUGCAGGGCAGGGACCUCAUAUCUCCUGGGGCACUUUUGUAAUUGCAUAUAUACAGUAUAUUUAUUGUUUGCAUUAUUCCUAGUUUUCUGUACUAUGAAAUAAAACAUGUGUUUUCAUAGAAUA